AGGCAGGAAGGCUGGCUGGCAACGACCAUCCUCUGGUAAUUGGACCUGCCACCUGAACCGUGUCCCCUGCUUCCUGGGGGAAGGGAGCCACCUGAGCAGGCUCAGCCCCUUCCAAAGACCCCUCUCCUCUCGCCUCUCAUCUCACGCUCUCCCUCUCUUCCAUUCCGCAGGAGAGCCUCCCCGGGAUCCCACGGCCAAAGGGGCGAGCGGCCACCAUGCCCCACUUUGAGCUGAAACCACGCAAGAAGCACCUGAAAGAGGAAGAGAGGCACCUCCGAGCGAAUGACCGAGCCUUCAACCACCAGUUUGACUAUGCGAAGAACUCCAUCAAGACCUCCAAGUACAACAUCUUCACCUUCCUGCCUCUCAACCUGUUUGAGCAAUUCCAGCGAGUGGCCAAUGCCUACUUCCUCUUCCUGCUCAUCCUCCAGCUCAUCCCGGCCAUUUCCUCCCUCUCCUGGUUCACCACCGUGGUCCCCCUGAUCCUGGUGCUGGCUGUCUCCGCGGCAAAGGACGCCAUCGAUGACGUGAAUCGGCACCAGAGCGACAGGCAGGUCAACAACCGGCCGGUCAAAGUGUUGGUCAACGGCAGCUUGAAAGAGGACCUCUGGCUGAACGUGGAAGUCGGGGACAUCAUCAAGCUGGAGAACAACAACUUUGUGACUGCCGACCUGCUUCUCCUGUCCAGCAGUGAGCCGCAUAGCCUGACCUACAUUGAGACUGUGGAGCUGGACGGGGAGACCAACCUGAAGGUCAAGCAGGCGCUGACGGUGACGGCCAAGCUGGGGGAGAACCUGCAGGCCCUGAGCGGCUUUGAUGGUGAGGUCAGGUGCGAAGCCCCCAACCACAAGUUGGACCGGUUCUCAGGGACGCUGGUCUUCAAGAGGCAGAAGUAUGCCCUGGACAACGAGAGGAUGCUGCUGCGGGGCUGCACCAUCCGCAACACCGACUGGUGCUUCGGCCUGGUCAUCUUCGCAGGGCCAGACACCAAGCUAAUGCAGAACAGCGGGAAGACCACCCUCAAAAGGACGUGCAUCGACCGCCUGAUGAACUUCUUAGUGCUGCUGAUCUUUGCCAUCCUGGCGGUCAUGUGCCUGGUGCUGGCCCUGGGCCACAGCGCCUGGGAGUACUACAAGGGCUACUACUUCCAGGUCUUCCUGCCCUGGGCCGACGAGGUCCGCUCCUCCUUCUUCUCCGCCUUCCUCAUCUUCUGGUCCUACGUCAUCAUCCUCAACACCCUGGUGCCCAUCUCCCUCUACGUCAGCGUGGAGAUCAUCCGCCUGGGCAACAGCUUCUACAUCGACUGGGACCGCAAGAUGUACUACGGGCCCAGCGACAUGCCGGCCCAGGCCCGGACCACCACCCUCAACGAGGAGCUGGGCCAGAUCAAGUACAUCUUCUCCGACAAGACCGGGACCCUCACCCAGAACAUCAUGGUCUUCAACAAGUGCUGCAUCAGGGGGGUCGUCUACGGGGACUAUGUGAACGCCGAGGGACACCGGGUGGAGAUCACGGAGAGUUCCUCCAAAGUGGACUUCUCGUUCAACCCGCUGGCCGACCCCAAGUUCACCUUCUACGACCACAGCCUGGUGGAGGCGGUCAGGCAGGGCGACCCGGCCACUCACCAGUUCUUCCGCCUGCUGUCCCUCUGCCACACGGUCAUGCCCGAGGAGAAGAGGAAAGGGGAGCUGGUCUACCAGGCCCAGUCUCCGGACGAAGGGGCCCUGGUCACGGCCGCCAGGAACUUUGGCUUCGUCUUCCGCGCCCGGACCCCAGAGACCAUCACGGUGGUGGAGAUGGGCAAGACGCUGGUCUACGAGCUGCUGGCCAUCCUGGACUUCAACAGCGUGCGCAAAAGGAUGUCCGUCAUUGUACGCUGCCCCAAAGGCAAGCUGACCCUCUACUGCAAAGGUGCGGACACCAUUCUGUUUGAACUCCUGCACCCUUCCUCUGCAUCCAUGAUGGAGAAGACCACCAACCACCUGGAUGAGUUUGCAGGGGAGGGCCUCCGGACACUGGCGGUGGCCUACCGGACCCUGGAGCCGGGCUACUUUGACAACUGGCAGAAGCGUCACCACGAGGCCAGCACCGCCCUGGACGGCCGGGAGGAGAAGCUGUCCGCUCUGUACGAGGAAAUAGAGAAAGACCUCACGCUCCUGGGGGCCACGGCUAUUGAAGACAAGCUGCAGGACGGGGUCCCCCAGACCAUCGAGAUUCUGGGCCGCGCCCAUAUCAAGAUCUGGGUGCUGACAGGCGACAAGCAAGAGACGGCGGUGAACAUCGGCUACUCCUGCAACAUGCUCUACGACGCCAUGACGGACAUCUUCAUCAUCCAAGGCAAAACCGCAGAUGAAGUGCAGAAGGAGCUCAGGAACGCCAGGAAGAAAAUGCAGCCGGAAGCCUUUGCGGAGGAUGCCGAGGCGGAGGUUCAGCCCCAGAAGCAGGGCAGCCAGAGGGUCUUGCUGGACGAAGAGCCCAACGGGGAGUACGGACUGGUCAUCAACGGGUACAGCCUGGCGCAUGCGCUGGACGGGGCCCUGGAGCGGGAGCUGGUGCGGACGGCCUGCCUGUGCAAAACGGUGAUCUGCUGCCGGGUGACCCCCCUGCAGAAGGCGCAGGUGGUGGGCCUGAUCAAGAAGCACAAGGAGGCCAUCACCCUGGCCAUCGGGGACGGGGCCAACGACGUCAGCAUGAUCAAGACGGCCCACAUUGGGGUGGGCAUCAGCGGCCAGGAGGGCAUGCAGGCGGUGCUGUCCAGCGACUUCUCCUUUGCCCAGUUCCGCUACCUGCAGCGGCUGCUCCUGGUCCACGGGAGGUGGUCCUACCUGCGCAUGUGCAAGUUCCUCUCCUACUUCUUCUACAAGAACUUCACCUUCACCCUGGUCCACUUCUGGUACGGAUUCUUCUCCGGAUUCUCUGCCCAGACGGUGUACGACGAGUGGUUCAUCACCCUCUACAACAUGGUGUACACCUCGUUGCCCGUCCUGGGCAUGAGCCUCUUUGACCAGGACGUGGACGACUGCUGGAGCAUGCAGUUCCCGCAGCUGUACAUCCCCGGGCAGCGCAACCUGUUCUUCAACAAGCGGGAGUUUGCCAAGUGCACGCUCUACAGCGUCUACAGCUCCCUGGUGCUCUUCUUCGUGCCCUUUGGCGCCGUCUCCAACUCCCUGCGCACCGACGGGCGCUCCAUUGCCGACUACCAGUCCUUCGCCGUCGUGGCUCAGACCUGCCUCCUCAUUGUGGUCUCCGUCCAGAUGGGGCUGGACACAGCCUACUGGACGGUCAUCAACCAGCUCUUCAUCUGGGGCAGCCUGGCCAUCUACUUUGCCAUCACCUUCACCAUGUACAGCGACGGCAUGUACCUCAUCCUCACGGGCUCCUUCCCUUUUGUGGGGACGGCCCGGAACACGCUGAACCAGCCGGCCGUGUGGCUCUCGGUGGGGCUGUGCGUGGCCCUCUGCGUCCUCCCCGUGGUCGGGUUCCGCUUCCUCAAGAUGCAGCUCCGGCCCACCAUCAGCGACAAGGUGCUGGCCCGGAUCCGGUUCCUGCGCCGCCUGCCGCCGCCCUCGCCCAAGUUCCGCAUGAGGCGCGGCUCCUCCCGCCGCUCGGGGUACGCCUUCUCGCACCAGCACGGCUUCGGGGCCCUCAUCACCUCCGGGCGCAACAUGCGCCCCCGCGCCCCCUUCAGCUUCUCCACCUCCUUCGCCCCCAGCGCCGCCUCCAUCAUCUCCCGGCCCCGGAAGUGAAUUGAUUGAGGGGCCACAGGAGGAAGGCCGGGAAAAGGGCCAGAAGGAGGGAGGCCAGG